CAAGUGUUUCCUUAAACGACGAAGGGAAGUUGUCAAACGACACGAGCAAGCUAUGCACAGAAGCAGUGUCUGUUAACUCGAUCAACACGGUGAAAGGAGAGAGAAAGUGUAAAGAAGAGGAAUUAUCUGCAUCAAUCAACCAUCAUCAUAAUCAUGUCUUGCUGUUUAUCUUGCUGCGCGUCUUUGACCUGUGGUCUCUGCACCUCCACUGCAUCUUGCAUCUCCCAAAAAUCCGCUAGAAUCGGUUACUGUGGUCUCUUCGGUGUCUCUCUCGUCGUUUCGUGGAUCCUCAGAGAAGUUGGAGCACCCCUCUUGGAGAAAUUCCCAUGGAUAGGUGGCACAUCCGAUACCAACACAACGGAAUGGUAUCAAGCACAAGCGGUUCUUCGAGUGAGCUUGGGAAAUUUCUUGUUCUUUGGUAUCUUAGCCCUUAUUAUGAUUGGUGUGAAGGACCAGAAUGAUAGACGUGAUUCAUGGCAUCAUGGUGGUUGGACUGCAAAAAUUGUGAUCUGGCUUUUGCUUGUGGUCCUUGCAUUCUUCCUUCCAGAUGCCAUAAUAUUAGUAUAUGGAUUCAUAGCAAAAAUUGGGGCUGGCUUGUUUUUAUUGAUUCAAGUGAUAAUUUUACUUGACUUUACUCACACUUGGAAUGAUGCGUGGGUUGAGAAAGAUGAACAAAAAUGGUAUAUUGCUUUACUUGCUGUAUCAGUCGGAUGCUACAUUGCAGCAUUUACAGUGUCAGGAAUCCUUUUCAUUUGGUUCAACCCUUCCGGAUAUGAUUGUAGCCUCAAUAUCUUCUUCCUUGUCAUGACCAUGAUUCUUGCUUUUGUGUUUGCAAUUAUUGCCUUACACCCUCAGGUGAAUGGGAGCUUGUUGCCUGCGGCUGUGGUUUCUCUUUACUGUGCUUAUGUGUGCUACACAGGGCUUUCUAGCGAACCUCAUGACUAUGAGUGCAAUGGUCUCAACAAGUCCAGAGCGGUCAGCACAGGCACACUCGUUCUUGGCAUGCUAACAACAGUGCUAUCGGUGCUGUAUUCUGCUCUUCGGGCUGGAUCUUCAACCACAUUCUUAUCUCCACCAUCUUCACCUAGAUUGGGUGGGAGCAAACCUCUUCUUGAAGAAGCAGAAGAAGGAAAGGCAAAGAAGGAGGAAAAGGAAGCACGCCCUGUUAGCUACUCGUAUUCAUUCUUCCACCUAAUAUUUGCCCUGGCUAGCAUGUAUUCAGCCAUGCUUCUUUCUGGAUGGACCAGCACAUCUGAGAGCUCAGAUCUCAUAGAUGUUGGUUGGACCUCAGUCUGGGUUCGAAUCGGCACUGAGUGGGUCACUGCUGGGUUGUAUAUCUGGAGUCUAUUGGCUCCUUUGCUAUUCCCUGAUCGUGAAUUUGUUUGACUCUCUCAUCGCUAGAUUACUAUACUCUCUGACAUUCUCGUUGUUGGUGUUUUGGUAUUGUAAGUUAUGACCUUCAAUGUCUACAUCUUGGAAUCUUGUGUGUUGCUUGCAAUACAUGAUAUAUGUAUAGAUUCACCACUUCAUGUGAGAUGUAAUGUAAUGCAUUUUAUAUCUACUAUAAGUACAUAAUAAUACUAAAUGGGCUGAAUAAAUUAAUAGUCAA